CCAGUUUGACCUCCGGCGCUAUUUAUACCCUUUGUUUAUGCCCACCUAUUACUUCGCCUAAUUAACCUUCUCCAACCUCUCUCCCUCUCCUCUCUCUCUCUCUCUCUUCUCUCUCUAGAGUCAGAGAAAAAAAUGAGCAACAUAAGCAUAGUGGAGGCAAAGUUGCCACCAGGGUUCAGGUUCCACCCGAAAGACGACGAGCUCGUCUGCGAUUAUCUGAUGAAGAAGAUGACCCGCUCUGACUCUCUCCUCAUGAUCGAGGUCGACCUCAACAAGUCCGAACCUUGGGAAAUUCCCGAAACGGCGUGUGUGGGAGGGAAAGAGUGGUACUUCUACAGCCAACGGGACCGGAAAUACGCGACCGGGCUCCGAACAAACCGGGCGACAGCGAGCGGGUAUUGGAAGGCCACGGGGAAAGACAGGGCGGUGCUUAGGAAGGGUGUGCUCGUGGGCAUGAGAAAGACUUUGGUGUUUUACCAAGGAAGAGCCCCUAAAGGCAAAAAGACCGACUGGGUGAUGCAUGAGUUCCGAGUCGAGGGUCCUCACGGCCCUCCGAAUAACUCUAAGAUUUCUUCUCUCAAGGAAGAUUGGGUGUUGUGUCGGGUGUUCUUCAAGAGCGUAGAAGUGGCCUCCAAACCGAGCAUGGGAAUGAUCAGUUGCUACGACAACAGAGGCACUUCAUCUCUCCCGUCGCUGAUGGACUCCUUCAUCGCCUUCGACCAAACUCAUCCUCAACCCGACCUUAUAAGCAACAUCGAGCAAGUGCCCUGCUUCUCCAUUUUCUCUCCGACCCAAGCCAAUCCAAUCCAGGUGGAGCCGAGCAUGCCGGCCAAGAACAUCCUUAGCGCAUCCACGUUCGGGGCGAUGCCCGACUUUGGUUCUUGCAAUAAUCUGGACUCCUACGCAUGUGACAAGAAGGUGCUAAAAGCCUUCUUGAAUCAGCUCACCAAGAUGGACUCGCCAAGCUUGGGAGAUCAAGGGAGCUCUGAGAGCUUCUUGUCCGAAGUGGCCAUGCCCAACAAUAUGUGGAAUCAUUUCUGAGUUUUGGAGAGGCUUGAAAAGAGAGAGAAAAUUCCACCAAAAAAAAAAAAAAGAGUAACUUAAUUUGCCUUUAGUCUUGCUAUUAUUAGUCUCGCACCCUCCAAAAAGGAUGAUUCAUGUAAAGUAUUAGCUAUGCAUAUGAUGAUUGAUUAUCUCCGUUGGGAAGUGCGUGUCUAGGCCGUGGCGUCGUGUCAUUUGUCGACUUUGGAUGUGCACUUUACUAACUCUCGAUUGUAAUAUAAUCUUUUGUCAAGUUAGGUGAAUUGUUGGAA